UAUACCCCCGAGGAGCCUAGCGUCCAGCGUCCCCGCACGGCACGCACUGCAAAUACCCCAACAAAAUAUCGACUCACCCACAUACUCUCCUUAAUACCGGCCGCAUUUACGACGGUCGCGCGCUAAUGUUUUGUGUCUUGAUCGGUCCUUCCAAGGUUCUGCGUUAUUAUUUCAUUCCUCUUGUCCUUCUGUUACGGCACGCGAGAUUGGCAUCUAGUGCGUGUCUCAUACCCCGGGUUCGCCGUCGACGUUGGUGCUCUUUGCCGUCGGCCCGACCCCUAUUUGCCUUAUUCUUCUUGUAUAUAGUUACCGGCCUCCCGCGGACCAAGGCUAGGUGGUGGGUCCGGGGUUAUGCAUAUGCUUGCGAUGUUUGUCAUGUCCUUGAUACGGCUAGGAGGGCUCGGGGAAAGGAAUAGGAAGGCCAAUUCCCUUGUUGAUAGGCACUCUUCAAUUGAAAUGGAG